AAGCCUGUCGACUAUUUUCGCCUAAUACUGAUAGGUGUAUUCAAUUUUUCUGAAAAUGGCAAUGUCAAUUAUGUUAAGAGGAUGCACAAAAGUGUAAUGCGUUCACAUUCCUGAAGGCGGCGUACAAAGAAUAUGCCUUCUCACCCUCAUGAGCACCGUGGGAACCUUGGUUGUGGGAAAGUUUCUUUACGAUUUUAUGGGCUAAGCAGGAGCAGUAGUGUCCUGGCUCAGUCAGGUUUUUUGGCCUCCAAAUUACCUUCAAUUGCUGCUACUGGAACCACCUUACACACAUCACCCCAGCGAAACAGUGCAGGAAUGAUGAGCUCAACACACUGGAAAACUGAGCGUGUAGUGUCCAUCGGAUUGCUGGGUGUUAUUCCGGCAGCUUUAGCCUUCCCAAAUCCAGCCUUAGACUACGCCCUAGCAGCAUCACUUGUAUUGCAUUGCCACUGGGGUAUGGAACAGGUUUUCACAGACUAUGUUCAUGGUCCAACCCUCCCUAAAUUUGUCAACAAAAGUCUUCUAAUAACCUCAAGCUUGGUAUUUGCUAGCCUGUGUUACUUCAACUUUAAUGAUGUUGGUCUUGCUAAAGCUAUAGCCAUGUUAUGGGCAGCAUAGGAAGCAAAGGAUGGAAUAGUUGGGCCUAUUAUAUAAUAUUACCUAUUAAGCCGGGAACUCACUGCAUUGUAGACGGUCAUACGGCCAUCGUAUGAUGAAUCCAUCUUCGCUCACUUUAAGCGCUAGUUGACGUGACACUGCCUACUGAUUUACAGUGGUAAUCUGAACCAGUCGUCAUUAAGAAAGAUUCGCUGUGUACGCCUCGUGGUGUGCAUUCUUCAUAGGCUUGCGUCAGACUAUAACUCUCAGGUGUAGUGAGUCCACGGCUUUACAGGACAUGAUAACUUCACAGUUUUAUCUUUAAAAGAUAAUUGGACUGUUGAGUGUUUAACACAUAGAUUUAUGAUAAUUAAUUGCUGUUUCAGUUCUUGAAAUUCAAAGCAGUACAAGAGCUUUUAAUCAUGAUAACAUAGUAAGGGCUGUAAUUUCAUCUCUUAUCUUGAAUUGAACAUUGGUUUAUAAUAAAUGACCAUUUAAAUCUCUUCUGGUCAAAUCUGGCUAACCAUUUUCUCAGGCAUGUUUAUUGAUACAUGAAUACUAAAAUCAAAUAUUAUUUAAUGUUUUUUUAAAGGAUGAUUGAUUUGUUCAUAUUAGUGGUAAUGAUGUUUAAUUUAUAAUUGAUAAAUAUAUAAAGCUAUAACAAAUAGUUAAUAAAUUCUUUAGUGUUUGCAUUAUUACCCUUGAUUAAAUAGUUAAAUAACCAUUUAACAAAAUAAUAUACAAGUUUUGUUUUGAUGCUGUUUUAAAGAAUUUGUACUCACACAGGUAAUAUUAAAGAUUCAUUUCAAAAUAUUCACAAUAUUUGAAAUGAAUCUUUAAUAUUACCUGUGCCAUUUCAAAUGUGUAAAAUGUGUCUUGAUUAUUGGUGUUAUGAUUUAAUCUAAGAAUAUAUCAAGAAUUACUUUCCCAGGUUACAAAGUGCUUUGAGAAAACAUCAACAAAAUAGAAUGACUUACCAAACCAAACACAAAGAGUAACACUGUAGUUAUGUUGCUAAAGUUUUUUUGGAAUAGCGGAAUUAAAGACUGAUAUACAGUAUGUAAUACUUAUGUUUGGUAUUACCAGUGAUUACGAGAAAAAAAACAAAAAACAAAUAAACCAUCAGCUGUUGAUUGUUUUUAUUGAAAUGUUUGCAUUUAUUCUUUACAAAUGAUCUCUACAAGGCAAGAUCAGAUGUAUUUAUAAGCAGUUGGAGGUAUAAGGAUCUGUUCAUUUACUUCAUGUAAACAUAAUUACGAAAUUAACUUCCACUUACUACAUAAACGUUCCCAUAAACGUUACGUUACUAAAUCGAAUAAAACAUUUGUUUUAAGUCUGAUUUAUAAAUCAAUGGCUAGCACUUGCCUUCAUUGCUCACUGAGUUAAUACAAUAGUUAAUUUCAUAACCAGCUCCUGGAGAUCCACAAGGUGCCGAAUUCUGUGCACUAGUGGAGAUAUAUUUGUUUACGCCCUCUAUAGUUUUUAACCACUCCUGCAGCGUGAACAAGAAUUAAAACUGAGUAUUGUAUUUGUUAGUUUUUAAAUAUGAGUCUUUUGGAGAUCGAUCCCCGCACUGAAUGAAACCCAACACGUUUGUUUAAAAAGAAACAAACAAGGUCGACCGUGCAAUUUGAUAUUGAGUAAAAGUGAAAUUGGGUGUUAAGAGAUUAGGUGGGGGGGGGGGCCCGUUGGGGAACGAUUUGUAUUUUUCCUUGUCAUGAUUGCAUAGCUGUGUGUCGUGUUAACAGUGGUAAAGGAUCCUAUCAAUCAUGUUUCCCGUCAUUUUAAGUUGAUAACUUAUGUUUAUCAUUUAAAUGAGUAAUUGAAUAUUUUAAUCCUAGGCAUGCCUAAUUGAAAUCCGAUUUAUUUACACAAAUUGCGCCACAGAGUUCAAAAACCAAAACGUUAUACAUACGUAAUCAAGCAGUCACAACAAUCAAAUAAGAAACUUGGUAAACAAUACCUAUAUUUAGGAGGGAAAAUCCCGUAAUGUAUUUUCAGUGUAAGAACGGACGAAAAUAAAACAAACUUUUUUUAAUAGACUUGACGUCAUUAAAGAUGGCGUUCCUAUUUCAGUUUUAACGUAGGCAGGUGAACAUUAUAGAACAUCACCACAGGUAAACCACUGAAUCAUUUAGGCCAAUAGUGUAUCAAUAUGAAUAUCAAUUAUAAUUAUAUUAAGAUAAAAUUAAUAUUCAAAAAAUAGCAUUUUCCCCCAAGUGGUUUAGAGUUUUCCCCUAUAUAAAGUCAAAAUAGCAUAUGAAGUCUCUGACAGUCACGUCAAGCCAGAAACAAAA